AUGCCAGGCCUUGAUCCAAAAGUUGCAAUCCAUCACCUUGCAGUCAAACCUGGAACGUGUCCAAUCAAACAAACUCAACGUCGCUUCCGUCCAGAGCUCCUAAGUCAAAUCGAAGCUGAAGUCGACAAGUUGAUCGCCACUGGAUUUAUUAGGAAGGUGAAAUACCCGACGUGGAUAGCGAACAUUGUUCCAGUGAAGAAGAAAAUCAUUGGACAAAUUUGUAUUUGUGUUGACUUCUGA